AUGGAUGGACCGGCUAACCUGCCUCAGGCCUUCUGUGUCCUGUUCAGACUCAUUUAUGCCCUGCAACUGGAGUGCAUGAAAAACACUUUCCACUUUGUUCAGCAGUGGUCAGAGCAGAAAACAUUGAUCGAGAAAUGUCCUGUUGGAUACCGUCCUAUGAACCCGUGCCCUCUUUAUGAGAAGACCAACAAAACACUCUUCCUGUUUUUCAUCCGUGUGAAACACACAUGCAUAGAGCAGUGGCAGAUAGAUAAUGCCACCAACAAAGCUCGUCUCUGCUAUGUUAAGACUACAGAUAAUGGUCAAAGUUGGAGCGACGUGACGGAUUUGACUGACUCGCUGGAUGAAGUCCAACAGUGGGCCACAUUUGCUGUUGGGCCAGGCCAUGGUCUUCAAACAGAGAGUGGAAGAUUAAUCGUCCCAGUUCAUGCUUAUGUUUCUAGCUCUGGCUCACUCCCUGCCCUACAUGCAGUCUCCCUGUAUAGUGACGAUGAGGGUGAAACAUGGACAUUUGGCACAAUGCUUGAAAAUGAGUCACUUGAAUGUCAAAUGGCAGAGUUUGCUGAUGAUAGGGGGGAAAGUGUUAUCUACUGCAAUGCAUGCACUAAGGGAAGUUAUCGUGAAGAACAGAGCUGUCAUAACAAAGGAGAGGUUUUUUCCAAGCUGAGUGGUGGUGGAAAUCUUGUAGAAACAGGUGUUGUCUCAUGUCCAGAUCAAGAUGACAUUGCAGGGGGGGAAUCGAGCCAGAACCAAAACAAGUGGCUGCUCUUCACCCAUCCGAGUCAUAAAUCCGAAAGAUUGAAUUUAGGAGUGUAUGUGAAUAAAUCUCCACAAGACCCAAGUGUAUAAAGCGCUCCCUGGGUCAUUAACCGUGGACCCAGUGGUUACUCAGACCUGGCUUACAUUGAUGAGGGUUGGUUUGCAUGUCUUAUGGAGUGCGGAGAGGAGAACUACACUGAACAGAUUGCCAUUGAGAUGUUAAAUGAUGUCAAGCAGGCCAUUGAAGGGUAA